AAGAUGUGGUACAUUUAAUGCUGCCGUCUGAGGAAGAAGAAAGAAUUAUUUCUGUUUACUUGGGUGUAGCUUUUGUUCUGAAGACACUUCAAAUUUUACACCUUCUUGCUACUCAGUGCUCUGUUGACAUUUUCUUUGUUGAUCGAGAACGUCCACGCUAUCGUUUGAAUCCUAAACAAGGACAACAAACAAACGCAGCUGGUCACACUCAGUCCUCCCGAGUCAAGGAAGGAGACCCUUCAAUUUCUGAACAAAGAGAAGAUGGAACCAAAUCCAGUAAAACAGUAUCAGGUUCCCGUUUAAUUGGAGAAAAACAAGCUGAUGGAUCUGUUAGUAUUUGGCGAACUUACUACUUGGCUAGUCAGUGGAUUGAUCUACAGACUAUUCGACGAAUCCACAUGGGUUUCCAACUAUGUGCUGUUCUUAUCCUAUUAAAGACUUUAGGAUUGGAAAAUCUAGCUUUGGCAGACACUCAAAAAUCGUUAUUAGUAACAGAAGAUCGAAAAAAUACUCCUUUCAAUGCAACCUGUCGACUUGCUAUAGGUGGCGCCAUCUAUCUUGGAGUUGCUAUAAUACAGGUGCUCUGCAACAAGAUUUUGUAUGAAAGAUUUGUAUCAGAUAAACUACAUCAUUUUGUGGAUCUUUGUUCAGUUAGCAAUGUAAGUGUAUGCCUGUUUACCGGACCAAAAUUUGGGUACUACAUCCACGGUCGAGCCGCUCAAGGUCGAGCCGACGUCAACAUGAAAGAGAUGCAUGACAUUCUUAAGAGAGAAGAAGUUUGUUUGGUCUAUAAUAUUAAACAGAUCAAGUUGUUUACUAAGAAGUUUGUUUGGUCUAUAAUAUUAAACAGAUCAAGUUGUUUACUAAGAAGUUUGUUUGGUCUAUAAUAUUAAACAGAUCAAGUUGUUUACUAAGUUUGUUUGGUCUAUAAUAUUAAACAGAUCAAGUUGUUUACUAAGAAGUUUGUUUGGUCUAUAAUAUUAAACAGAUCAAGUUGUUUACUAAGAAGUUUGUUUGGUCUAUAAUAUUAAACAGAUCAAGUUGUUUACUAAGAAGUUUGUUUGGUCUAUAAUAUUAAACAGAUCAAGUUGUUUACUAAGAAGUUUGUUUGGUCUAUAAUAUUAAACAGAUCAAGUUGUUUACUAAGAAGUUUGUUUGGUCUAUAAUAUUAAACAGAUCAAGUUGUUUACUAAGAAGUUUGUU